UAUUUAUGCUUUUUGGUAUGAAACAGAAUGAUAUAAAAUGAAUUCUGUCCAAAUUAACUCUUCAGUUGUUCGUUUUCUCAAUCAUAAUCGCUUUGUAAAACAAAGCCAAUGGAAACGCUUUCCUUGUAGUUCAAUUUUGUGUCAAAAAGAGGAAACAAAAGCCCACUGCAGCCCUUCAUCACGAAUCAUCUGCACAAACUCCAAGUAUAAAGAUCCUGUUCCUGGUGAAACCCCUAAUGAACAAGAAAAAUUGAACGAAUACGAUUCACCCAGUCUUACAGAUUCUUUUCUAAAAGAAAAUUUCCGAAUAAUAGAUAACAGAUACUUCAAAUUGAUCACAUUGCCUCAUGACUCUUAUCAUUUUGAAGACUUGCUUAUUUCUAGAGAAUUUAAAACUGUAUUAAACAGAUCUUCAUUUUUGUAUGAUGUAAACUUAGCAGAGAACUCAAAAAGAUAUCUGUCAGAAAUACAUAAUGUUUAUCCUUAUUUGUCUGAUGAUGUAUUUAGUCCCAGAGAUAAUGUUUGUGACACAAAGAAGCAGAAUGAAGAAUUAUAUCAAUUUUCAGCAGCAAGUGAUUCAGAAUCGCAAAAUAAAGACACCAACAGACCUUCAGAAGAACAGCUCCUCAAUGUGAUUAAUAGGCUAACAUUCUCUUUGAUUAAUUUUUUUGAAAAGCCUCAAGAUUACUCUGUUUAUCACAAGAAUGUAAUAUUUUACAACAACAUCAAGGGUGUUAUUACAAAGGGUCUCACUGCAUAUAUUCAAAAUAUGUACUUUCUGAAACUUUAUGGUCAUCUUCAUUUUGCCAAAGUUAAAGUAGAAAUUUUGAAAAUCACUCAUCACGUUGAAGAUGGAAGUGUACGUGUGAGGUGGCGAGUAAAAGGAGUAUCUCGGCAGAAAGUUUUACUUUUAUUUUUUAAAUUCAAAUCAGUAGCUUUGACGCAGUUGCUUGAAGAUGAAACUGAUUGGUUAGAUGGAUUUUCCGUUUUUAGUGUUGGACCAGAUGGGUUAAUAUAUAAGCAUGUAUGUGAUAAGAUGAUGCCUGAUGAUGAUCUUGCAGUCCAAAAACAUACAGAUUUAAAGACUCAAUUACUUGGGCUGUUAGGCUUGUCUCCGCGUGGUGCCACAACUGGAAGCCUAAAUUCUUUAAUGCCUUGUUGCCGCAGCAGCCGUGUUUUUCUGCCUUGUAAGAAAUUGUCGUGACACAUAAGGUUGUGAGUUUUCAAAUUUUAGUCAAACUGUAGGAUAUGUAAAUAGCAAAUUUAACUUAUGUACCAUAUUCUAUAAGGCAACUGUUGUUAAAAAGUUCUGUGAAAAAAUAUUGAAAAAUAAAGUAAA